GUGUCAUUUGGAGGAGCCAUGGCAGACUCAAAAUGGAGUUUCCUUCCCAAAUCCGUAUCCGCACACUUGAAACCAAACUCGAACCCUAGAUCCUCCAAACCCGACAUCGAAAACGCUCCUCCUCUCGAUCCAAACAUCCAUAUUCCUGGAAAAAAAUCUGUUUCUAAAUCACCGGCUUUCAGGGAUCAGAUUGAUACUCCCAAUCGCCGAGGUCAAGUGUCAGCUUCUCGGCGAAGGGGGAUAACGGCAAUGAAAACUCGCAGUGAAGUAGAAGAAGCCUCGAAUCCACAUGUAAAGGUUGUGGUGAGGAUUAGACCUACAAAAGAGUAUUGCUGGACAGUGAAAAAAGUUUCCGAAGAUUCAUAUUGUGUUAGGGAUCGCCAAUUUACAUUCGAUUCGAUUCUCGACUCAAUUCAUAAUCAGGACGAUGUAUUUCAGCAAAUAGGUGUUCCUCUGGUUUGUGAUGCAUUAUCAGGUUACAACACUAGUGUGCUAUCAUAUGGACAGAAUGGAAGCGGCAAGACCUACACAAUGUGGGGUCCUGCAGGUUCGAUGCUUGAGGAUCCAUCUCCUAAAGGCGAGCAAGGACUCGCGCCUCGAAUCUUUCAGAUGUUGUUUUCUGAAAUCGAGAGAGAAAAGAUGAAGUCAGAAGGAAAAGAAGUAAAUUAUCAGUGCCGCUGUUCCUUUCUCGAGAUAUACAAUGGACAAAUCAGUGAUUUGAUUGACCAAACCCAGAGAAACCUUAAGAUUAAGGAUGAUGCAAAGAAUGGUAUUUAUGUGGAGAACUUGACUGAGGCAUAUGUAGAUAGCUACGAGGAUGUAGCUCAAAUUCUGAUGAAGGGACUUUCAAGCAGAAAAGUUGGAGCAACUAGCACAAGUUUUCAAAGUUCUCGAUCACAUGUCAUACUAUCUUUCAUUGUCGAGUCUUGGAAGAAGGGAGCUACAUCAAGGUGUUUCAACACCACCAGAACGAGCAGGAUCAACCUUGUUGAUCUUGCUGGAGCGGGAACAAAUGAACGUGAUGCUACUAAACAUUGUUUGGAGGAAGAGAAAUUCUUGAAGAAGUCUCUUUCGGAGCUCGGACAUGUUGUAGAUGCACUGGCGAAAAACGUCCACCCUGGAAUAUCUGACCGCAGUCUUCAUAAAACCUCGUGCUUGACGCAUUUAUUGCAAGAAUCGCUUGGUGGCAAUUCAAAACUCACUAUCCUGUGCAACAUUUUUCCGAGCGACAAAAACACAAAAAGAACAAUGAGCACCCUUCGAUUUGGUGAACGAGCUAAAUCCAUGGGAAACAAACCACUGAUAAAUGAGAUAUCAGAAGAAGAUGUGAAUGAUUUGAGUGACCAGAUUCGUCUUCUGAAGGACGAACUUCAAAGAGCCAAAGCUGAUGCUUGUCAUUCUGUUGGGAGUAAAAAUGAUCAUUUUGGAGCAAAGAAUGCACGUGAAAGUUUGAAUCAACUAAGAGUUAGUCUUAACCGCUCUUUGAUGCUGCCAAAAAUUGAUAAUGACGAGGAAGAGAUCACAGUUGAUGAGGAUGAUGUGAAGGAAUUGCAUCAGCAGAUCAAGUCCUUCCGUGGCUCAUUCAGUAAGAAACUAAAGAAGCUCCCUGUCAGUAGAGAGUCAGUCAGCUCUUCCUUUGUUACAGCAUUCGGCGAAUCAGAGCUAAUGGAUGAUGAUGAGAUCUUUUCAGAAGAAAUAGAAGGUGAAGAUAAAGAUUUGGAUGAAUUCAGAGAAUACAAUGACGACAUUGCUGCAACAACAAUAGAUAAAUCAACUGAGGAAUCCAGAAUAAAGAGAUUUGCAUCGGAAAACAGCAUAUCAAUAAAUCCUUGCCGUCAAUCCUUAAUCUUGCAAGAACCAAUCCUAUCAGAGUCUCCUAAAAUCAGAGACUCUCUAAGGAAGAGCAUAGCUCUUUCUUCAUCAUGUCUCAGGAAUCAAAAAAGCAUGGCGCAGGGCAUAAAAUCCGCGUGUCUUGGAGAGAGCCAACAUAUCAGGGCAUCUUUACGCGGAAGCAAUAUAUUCACAGGUUCUACAGAAUCUCUAGCUGCAAGUCUGCGGAGAGGCUUGGAUAUUAUUGAAAAUCCGCUUAACCUUGCAUCAAACCGAUGCUCAGUUUCCUUGUCUACUGAUAACCUGACCAUGCAACCUUCCACAGAGAUACUGCAGGAUGAUCGACUAACGCUGUCAUCACUCUGUCCUUCCUGCAGACAGCCUUCUGAGAACAACUGUACUGUUCUUGGCAGCUCUAAAUUAUCAAGUGUAGUUGAGGGAGAUGGAUAUCAUCAAAUGCAAGGGGUUAUUGAGAAGCACCAGGAGCUUGAAAAUUUGUGCACAGAGCAAGCAGCCAAGAUUGAGCAGCUAACACGCCUGGUAGAGCAACACAAACUUCAAAGUGAGAAUGAAAAAGAAGAACUUGUUGGAGCAAGUAAUGCAAAACAAUCUCCAUCAGCGAACAAAAAUCAGCUUCUCAGCUGUAAUGAUGUUGUUGAGCGUGACCAAGCAGAAGCCAUCAUUGAAAAAUAUGAAGUAAAACAAAUCCCAGAUGACGACUCCCAAAAGACAAACUUUGGUAUUGGCGAGAAGGAGGCGUUACUCAAAGAAAUUGAGGAUCUGAAAAGCAAAUUGCAGAAACCUGUAACAAUGUCCACCAACGAAUUGAGAUCAUCUUUGCUGGCCCGUUCGUUUCAACUACGCAACAAGAAUGCUGAAAAAGAUAUCGAGGAAGAACAGCUUAGGUGCACAGAAAUGGAGAGCGAGUGGAUAUCAUUGACCGAUGAACUCAGAGUUGAGAUUGAAACGCAACGCAGGCGCGCAGAGAAAGCUGAAGCAGAGCUUAAACAAGAGAAACUAUCUGCUGAGGAGUUAGAGGACGCACUUCAAAGAGCUGUUCUUGGUCAUGCCAGGUUUGUUGAACACUACACAGAGCUACAGGAGAAGUACAACGACUUAGGCUCAAGGCAUAAAGCAACAGUGGAAUGGAUAACAGAGUUGAAGAAGGCAGUAGCAAAGGCUGGCAAAAAAGGUUGCGGUUCUCGUUUCGCUAAAUCACUUGCUACUGAGCUCUCAGCACUCCGAGUAGAAAGAGAAAGAGAAAGAGAUUUGUUGAAGAAGGAGAACCUAAGCCUCAAGAUUCAACUAAGGAAUACUGCUGAAGCUGUUCAUACGGCUGGAGAAGUUCUUGUUAGACUCAGAGAAGCCGAGCAAUCAGCAUCAGCUGCUGAGGUAACAAACGAGAUUUUCAUAUUUUGA